GGUUUUUAUCUAAUUAUAUUCAUUAUUAUUAUGGGAAAUAACAAUAUCACAUCAACUUGUAAUUAAAAUAUUUCAUAAUCCUGCCAAUAAAACUCUGGUCUUACAUAAUAAGAAUUUGAAGGUAUUAAAAAUGUUUUUAAUUCCCUUCUCCCUAAAGUUAGUUCUUUAAUUUAUUCAUAUAGGAUGGAGUUAUUAACACUGAAAAAUUAAGAAAAUUAUAUAGAGACUCCUUUGAUGCUCCUAAAUUAAAUAAUGAAAUUGGAGACAGAGAAACCCUAACUUUUGAAGAGUUUUAUGAAUUAAUGCGUAUCAAUAUGUUGGAAAAAAAGAAAAAAUUUCCGAAUGUUGAAUUCAAUGAUGAAGAUGGUAAUGUUUAAUGCUUUUUCUGUUAACCAUGA